UAAAGACCCUUUUCUAUCCAAGCUCGCUUCCAUCGCCGCGGCAAAUCCAGAUCUUGUAGCGAUGCCGUCGUCGUCGAAUUCUGAGAUUCCUCCUUUUCUUGACCUCUUUGAUAGCCCUAAGCUCAUGGCCUCGCCUGCCCAGGUGGAACGAUCUGUUUCUUAUAAUGAGCACAGGCCAAGAAAGCCUCCCCCAGACCUGCCAUCUUUACUUCUUCAUGGACGUAUCGUCUACAUUGGCAUGCCAUUGGUGCCAGCUGUCACAGAGCUUGUAAUUGCAGAGUUGAUGUACCUGCAAUGGAUGGACCCAAAGCAACCGAUAUAUCUAUAUAUCAAUUCUACUGGAACAACUCGUGAUGAUGGUGAAACUGUUGGAAUGGAGAGUGAGGGUUUUGCUAUAUACGAUGCCAUGAUGCAGCUAAAGAACGAGAUCCAGACUGUAGCUGUUGGAGCUGCAAUAGGCCAGGCCUGCUUACUUCUGGCGGCUGGGAAGAAAGGUAGACGAUUUAUGAUGCCUCAUUCGAAAGCCAUGAUUCAGCAGCCUCGUGUCCCGUCAUCUGGGCAGAUGCCAGCAAGUGAUGUUCUUAUUCGAGCAAAAGAGGUUAUAACUAACAGAGACACACUUGUUAAACUUCUAGCAAAGCACACUGGAAAUUCUGUGGAAGAAGUAUCCAAGGUGAUGCGGAGACCAUUUUAUAUGGAUUCGAUGAAAGCUCAGGAGUUUGGUGUCAUCGAUAAGAUACUUUGGCGUGGUCAAGAGCAGAUAAUGGAUGAUGCUGCUUCUCCUGAGGAAUGGGACCGGAAAGCUGGAAUCAGAGUUGUUGAGGGGAUUUGAUUUGCAGAUACUUGGAAAAACUUUGGCUCUUAGUGGACAUAAGGAUAUACAGUAAGAGCUGAUUAAGCAUCUAAUGUGGUAUAGAUGGCAAGCUAAUGCAAUGAUGAGAUGUUGCAAGAGGACAAUGCACGGCGAUGGAGUAAAUUUAUGGAAAAGCAGCCUGUGGUCGAUAGUAGAAUACAUAAAUCGACGUGUUAAAUGGGUUGCAAAGCUUGUAAAAUGAGAAGUGUAUGUUAAUUUAUACCCCAGAUGAAGGGGGAUAAAAAGCUCUUUAACUUUUGUGAGUAUCAUUGUAGAGAAUUUACAGCACAAUGAUAGAUAAUUAAAUGCAAUGUUUAAAUACAGGGAGGGAACUGCGUUAUUACCAAA